GAGCGGUUUUCCUCUUGGGGAUGUGGCGGUGGUGGAGGGUGGGGGUGAAAAUGUAGGAAGUAACUUUUCAACUUUCCUCUGACGACGAUCAACAGCAGGAGAAGUCGUCACACGAAUCGUCCAAACUUCUCCCGAUACACUUCCCGUUUCUUUUUUUUAAAAGGAACGCUAUCGACGCCGAAGUGCUCCCAAGUUGGUCCGCGUCAUUUAUAACUGAAUGAAAGUGUUUCUUUCGGUAUACCUUCGCAAGGGAGCGCAGGUGAAAAGAAAUUUCAUCUUUUUUCUUCCCACCUGUCGUGCCGUUGGAUUUUUUUUAAACGUGUUUAUAUAUAUCAACAAUAUAUUGAAUUCCGCCAACCUCCAUUGACAGAAGUGCUCAUUUUCCGAGAUGAAAUGAGUGUUUUAUUCUUAAAGGAUGAGCACUUCCAAUGGAGACGCCCGUGUCGUGCAGAUCUACCAGAGACUGUCUAAGGAUGCGGCCCCCCACUGCCCGCUGGAAGUGGGCCCAGAGGACACGGCCGGGGCGGUGGUUUCCAACGCUGUGGUCACUCUGGGGCUAGACACCACUCGCCGGUACAGCCUGCUGGAGGUGAGGACGAGCAGGAGCGAGGAGCGGCGGCUGAGAGUCGACGACUCACCCCUCGAGAGGGUCCUGCUGUGGCCCCCGGAGGCCCAGAAGUGGCACCCGCUGAGCCUCGGUUACUACUUUGUCCUGGAGGAGGCUGAGCAGAAACCCGCGGAGGAAUAUGACGAUCUUUGCUGCCUCCCCGCCGUGACCGAGGAUACAGUCGUGGAGGCUUUACGGCGGCGUUUCCUCAAGCGCAAAAUCUACACGUACGCUGGCAACGUUCUCAUUGCGCUCAACCCGAACAAAUUCCUCCCGGCGUACUACAACCCGAAGUACGUCAAGAUGUACGAGAACCAGCCGCUCGGCAAGCUCAGCCCGCACAUCUUCGCCGUGGCUGACAUGGCCUACAGGACAAUGCUGAACCGCAAAGUGGACCAGUGCAUGGUGAUCUCCGGCGAGAGUGGAUCAGGCAAGACGGAGAGCAGCAGCUACCUGGUCCACUGUCUGACGGCGCUCAGCCAGCAGACGUAUUGCAGCGGCAUGGAGCGCAUCAUCCUCGGGUCCAGUCCGGUGCUCCAGGCUUUUGGCAACGCAAAGACUAUCGCGAAUGAUAACUCCAGUCGCUUUGGAAAGUUCAUGCAGCUCAACUACCUGGAGAGCGGCGUUAUCCGAGGGGCUGUUAUCAAGAAGUACCUCCUCGAAAAGUGCCGACUGGUUCACAGAGAUAAGAGAGAGCGGAACUACCACGUCUUUUAUUACCUGCUGGCGGGAGCAUCCAAAGAAGAGCGUGAAGAGUUUAGUCUCUUAGCGCCUCAGGAUUAUCUCUACCUCAAGCAGGAAGACCUUUGCUUAGAUGAUGAGGAGAAGCUCGUGCAGGGGUACAAAAGACUCCAUCAAGCCAUGGAUAUGGUUGGCUUCCUGCCUUCCACCAAAAAACACAUAUUUUCCACGCUUUCUGCCAUCUUGCUUUUGGGCAACGUGACCUUUACCCUGCCAGAAAACAACAAAGCUGUGGAGGCGGGGCCGGCUGAAAUUUUGUCCACCUUGUCAGACCUCCUCAAGGUCAGAAAGGAGCUGCUGGUGAAGACCUUGACUGAGAGGAGAGUUUCAAGCGACAAUGACACGGUGUAUUCACAGUACACCCUGCAGGAGGCCCUGGCGGUACGGGACUCCAUGGCCAAGUGUUUGUACGGCGCUCUGUUCGACUGGAUUAUCCUUCACAUCAACCAUGCAAUGCUGAACAGGCGGGACAUGGAGGAAUCAGUUUCUUGCUUGUCCAUCGGGGUCCUGGAUCUUUUUGGCCUGGAAAACUUGCACACAAACCAUUUUGAGCAGCUGUGCAUCAACUACAGCAACGAGAAGCUUCAGUAUUACAUUAACCAGCAAAUCUUCACAUUUCAGCAAAAAGAUUACGAGGCAGAAGGCAUCAGCUGGCAAAGGUUUGAGUACAGCGACAACAGCAUGUGUAUUCAGCUUAUCAGUCAAGGCCUCUUCAACCUGUUGGAUGAGGAGAGCACCCUUCCUCAAGCAAAAGACAAAUUGCUUUUGGGCAAGUUAGUACUGCAGUUCAAGGACAACUCACUCUUUGCAGCCUCUGUUGACCGUGAGUCGUCGUUUGUCAUUCAACACUUUGCUGGCAGUGUUACGUAUUCCAUCAAGGGCUUCCUUGAGAAAAACACAGAGCAUGUGAGGCCUGAGGUCAUAUCUCUUCUCCGUGGCAGCGAGCGGGCAUUUCUGCACCAAUUGGUGGCAUCCAGUCCCGAGGCGGUCUUCCGUUGGGGUGUCCUCCGAGCCACCUUCCACAUCCUGGCAGUAUUCAAGAACCUGGGACGCAAACAUGCAGAGAAGAUGGUCGCCCAACGCCCCUCUCGAAAAUCUCUCAAAGACAUAAAACAUAGUAGCAGCCACAUGGACAGAACUUCCAGCAACAGCUGUACACUGGACUUCUCCUUCGAUCGCUCUGACGAACAUCCCCUUGACGUCUUUGAGGAUAUCUUUUCCGACUAUGAAAAGAGGAAGAAAACUAAAGCCGGUCGACGGAAGCAACUCAUUCCAAAGAAUCUCAUGACUUUGCGCUCACUCCAGCACGUUUUGGGUUUUAAGACCUGGAAAUCAGAGCGUCAGCCUGAAGCAGCGACCGUUUGCAUGCAGUUUGAGGCAGCACUCGCAAAGCUGAUGGACACUGUCAGAAAAGCUGAACCUUUCUUUAUUUUCUGCUUGCGCUCUAAUGCAGAAAAGAAAGAAAAUCACGUUGACGACAAGCUUUUGCGACACCAAAUCCGCUACACCGGCAUCCUACACGUGGUUCAUGCGCUGAAGUCUGGCUACAAUGCCAAAUAUACUUUUCAGGAAUUUGUUAAAAAAUUCCAAAUAUUACUUCCAAAGGAGGCAACAGAGUACACUGAACAGAUAACUAAGUUAUUCACAAGGCUGGGGUUGGAUCAAACGGCCUACCAAAUAGGAAAAACCAAGGUAUUCCUUAAAGAAAAGGAGAGACAGUUGCUGCAGGACACACUCAACAAGGAAGUGAUGCGUCACAUCGUCGUUCUCCAGCGCUGGUUCCGCGCGUGUCUGAUAAGAAUGCACUUCCUGCAGAAGAGAGAUGCCUCGCUCAUCAUACAGAGGAAUUGGCGUGAGUUUCAGGAGAACCGAAACAGGGCGGCCUCGGUCAUCCAGACUGCAUGGCAGGCUUCACUCAAGAAGCCGGAGGAGGAGCUCAAGAUGAGCACGGAAGGGAUGUCAACCGGAAGUCGACCCUCACGAGCCAGCUCGUCAAGAAAAGGCAUACGUCGACAACACAAAGUGGAGCUGAGCCCCAACAGGACCGAGCAGGGCGACGCUGACAACGGUCAGUCCCCUGCAAGCAAGGAAAGGCGAGGAGGCCGCGGUUCUCCCCCGCCCCUCACCCGGCCCCUGUCACUGCCUUUGGACCCCAAAGUUGGUAGCGAUGAUGGGGACGGCGCCGGUGAGUCCCAGAAGAGCAGUUCCCUCCAGCGCUACAAAGACACGGGAAAUUUUAAGGAGAAGGCCGAGAGGUGGCGGGAAAAAAUAAGUGAUGAGUCGAGUCCGGAGGUGAACAGGCGCCAACUUAAACGCAGAGAUGACUUUCAGCACAAGGGCAAGUCCAUGUCUGCCGAUGAACUGUCCAAGAUCAGCUCGUCCGGUUCUGACAGCUCACCGUCUGCUAGCGAGGUCAGGGUGCGCCUGCGCAAAAAUCCCAAGCGCAAGCGGCGUUUAGCCUACGCCCGCAGCGGCUUGAUGAUUAACUUUGGCGGCUCCAAGGAGAGCGAAUACUGGAGCUUUCCGCUUCCCCCUUUGAGUCCCCGCGCGUCCACCUUGAAGAGUUCAGCCAGUAGCGCGGAUGUCCGCGGCCUCAAAUCUCUGGUCAAGAGACGAACUGAGCCAGACGGGUCCAGGUACAGCCUUCCUGUCACGAAUUCCAACGAGGAUUCCGUACAACACCGAUCCAACCAGUCGCCGCUCACUACCCCUGAGAAAAUUUGGCGCCUUGGUAGAUUCCUUCGCAAGCGGCCACCUAAAAUACCCACCAACAUUGACGUUCCCUCGCAAGAAAAAUCUAUGACCCUCGCCAGCUACAAGCCUGACCCCUACAAGAUGCCCGAGCAGAACUCCGGGCGGCCAGCGCGCAACCCCACCAUCAAAAUCAGUCGGGCCACGCGAGCCCCGCAGUGGAACUGCUCAUUGGACCGCGAGAUCCAAGACCCCAAAGAGCUGCGCAACCUGGACGAGUUUCUCGGCAACCAAAUGAAUGACUUGCGGCUACGGAUCAAAGAGCUGUCACCAACAGAAAAUAUCUUCCUCAUGGCCACCAUGCAGUUCAGAGAGACCAUUAAAGGCAUGUUCUCUGUCCAGAAGCCUCAGAUCGGCUACAAAGAUCUGAUGAAAGGCUACCAAAACAAAGUCAGUUCUCUGGCCGGCCCCAAGAAUAAGAACGAGGUGUCGCUGGUGGUCAACUUGUUCCAGUCGAUGGUGGACGGCUUCAUCAGGGGCGAGCUCAAGAGGAUGGACUCCGAGCCGGACAAGGCCACCAAGACUACAAAGAAGAGAAGAAAAAAGCACAAAUGUCCUGAUAGUCCACUCGAUCACCGCUUCAGCACCUACCAAGUGACCAUCAUGCAGUCAUGUGACCUGUGCGGCUCCUACAUCUGGGCAAUGGAGAAAGCCUACGUGUGCAGCGCCUGCAAGUUAAUAUGCCACAAAAAAUGCCUGAGCAAAAUCAUCACCGACUGCUCAACACGCUGCGCUCGGCAGGAUGACUGUGUUCCCGGCGCCCUUCACUUUGGGGUGCAGGUGUGCGUUCUGACCAGCAAGACCAAUCCCGUGCCCAAAGUGGUGGAGCUGCUGCUGAUGUACGUGGAGAUGAACGGCCUCUACACGGAGGGAAUCUACCGCAAGUCGGGGUCCGCCUGCCGCGCCCGGGAGCUCCAUCAAAUCAUGGAGAUGGACCCCGAGGCAGCCAAUCUGGACAACUACCCCAUCCAUACCAUCACAGGCCUUGUGAAACGGUGGCUGCGAGAGCUGCCUGACCCGCUCAUGACUUUUUCACUCUACAGCGACUUCUUGCACGCCGUGGAAUUCCCAGAGCGGGCUGAGAGAAUACGUGCCGUUUACCAAAAAGUGGAUGAACUUCCCCUCUCCAAUUACAAAACAUUAGAGCGGCUCAUCUUACACCUUGUCCGGGUGGCUAAGGAGCAAGAUUCCAACAAGAUGACACCCAGUUCCCUCGCCAUCGUCUUCGCGCCCUGCAUCCUGCGCUCGCCCGACUUCGAUGACCCCUUCCUGGGCAUGAAGGACGUAGCUAAGACGACCACGUGCGUGGAGAUCCUCAUCUCGGAGCAGUUCAGGCGCUACAAGGAGACGCUGCAGAACAUUCAACAGUUGGAGUACGCCGAGGACGUGGCUAUCAAUCAACUCAAGCUGAAGAGACAAAACACAAUUGUGGAAAAACAAUCUGAGCUGGAAAAUCCUGACCAGACUGAUUCAGAGGAGAGGACUCUCAUUGAAAGAAUCCGGUCCAUCAAGCAGGAAAAGCUGGACUUAGCCUGCACGUUACCUGAUCUGGAGCAGGAAAACUCGGACAACGACAUCCUCGACUCGUCGUCGUCCAUGAGCACCGAAAGUCUGGACGACCAUCUGGGCAGUCUGGACUCGGAAGUGACUGCAGCAAAGACAAGCGCGCACUCGCCAGUCGACUCGACGAGCAACGUCGGACCCGUUUCGGAAGACGUCGUCAAGCCCGCGUACUUCGUCGCUUCACCUAUCGCGGACGGCAACAAAGCGUUCAGCGGAAGCUUUGACAACCUGGACAUUCCUUACAUUGACGAAGAGGUGGAGGAAGAGAGAAAGGCGACGGCCAGUUAACGGCAACCUCGUCGCCGAGUGCGCUUUUUGCCUUCUAGAAUUUUCCGAUACCCGGCACUGCGAUGGAAAUAUUAAUAGAUGAUUCCACAUACUUCCCCAAAAUCUGUCACAUUUGGGAUGGACAACCUACAGCCCCGCCAGCACAUUUGAGGCGGCCACACGUGCCAUUCGGAACACAAUUCAUGCGUCAAAAGACAUUUGCUGCAGUAAUGGAUAAUGAACAUUUGCAUCGUAUUAUUUUCCCAACAAAUUUCGCAUGUCCUCAGAAGACUUCCCGACCCUUUUUGAGCGUGACGCCACUGCCGUUUUAUUGUACAUUCCACGUUUUAUCAAGAUACUAAUUAUGACCAAGUAUGAGCUACGAUUAUACGAACAAAAAAAUCUUUGUAACUGUACAAAAGUUCAUAUUGUACAUUGUAUUUCCAUCUGAUUUUUUUUCCCCCCUUUGACUGAUACAAUUUACCUAUUGUUGCUUUUCAGACUGAUAUUUUCUUGUUUCAAUUUUUCUUCCACAUGUGCACGCUUGCCUAUUUUCUAUAAAUAGCAUCCAUGGCAAGCUAAUUACUUUUGAUCUGAUUAUUGUAAUAAACUGGCCACUUGCAUCGUACUAGAGGACCAUAUUUUCCGCACUAUAAAGCGCACCUUCAAUGACGGGCUUAUUUUAAAACUUUGUUCACCACAUUAUAAGGCGCAUAGAAUAGACAGUACAGUUAGAGGCUGGGGUUACGUUAUGUAGCCAUUAGAUGGGCUGCGCUAAAGGCUCAAUGUUGAUCCAUAUAUAAGCCGCACCUGAUUAUAAGGCGCACUGUCGCUUUUGAGAAAAUUAAAGGCUCUUAGAUGCGCCUUACAGUGCAGAAAAUACGGUAGUUAAAAUGAACAUUAACACUUAAUUGACAUACCUAAAAAGCAAUUUAUCACUAAAUGAUUCAAAUUUCUCUUGUGAAAACCCAUCAAUGGUACACAGGUUAAGAUAAAACUAUCAGAAAUCCUAUCCCAAAAAUUACAGAUUUGAAAAAACAGGCGAAACACAUAUGUUAGGACAGGACAACGGUAAAUCCUGUAAAGGUUGCAGCUGUUUGAGCAUUGUAAAUCUAAACGUUUGCACAGAUUAAAAUAAAUCAUGUCAAGGUUGCAAGUGUUUAGAUAAGACAACUGUCAACUCUAUAAAAGUUGCAGACAAAAUUUGCUCUGUAUUGUUGACCCCAAGUAUUUGAAGUCAUCCACCCUCGCCAUCGCUUCUCCGUGGAGCUUCACUCCUCCUCCUCCCCUCACAUUCACGCACAUAUAUUCCGUUUUACUUCGGCUAAUCGUCAUUCCUUUCCAGUGCGAGCCUCCAUUUUUCUAAUUGUUCCUCUCCCUCCUCCCCUGCUUUCACUGCAGAUCACAAUAACAUCGUAGUCCAAGCGGAUUCCAGUCUAACCUAAUCUGUCAGCCUAUCUAUUACUACCGCAAACAAGAAGGGGGCUCAUUGCGGAUCCCUGAGGCAGUCCCACCUGUUUGGUGCCGUAUUAGAAGGUUCAUUUGUUCAGCCUUGGCCCGCGGCUUUGUUCGAUUUAAAAUUUUGGCCCUCUGUGAAAUUGAGUUUGACACCCCUGCCGUAGAAGCUUCACAAGCGGACAUAAAUCGCAUAAAAACGUAUGCACGUUAAAAUAAUACUAUGCCAUGCAAUUUGGGAUAGGUCAAAAUAAGGCUAAUGUAAAUCCCAUAAAAAUUACAUGGGUUACAUGACACUACUGUCAACAUCUGUUUCUGCAACAAUCUUUAGUGGACGGGCCCAAUGACGAUGUGUCUCAAAAAGAUCUGCUGCUUUACGUGUAAAAAGUAAAAGAAAUAAAUCGGGCUCAGGCUCUUUUCUUUGGAACAGAUUUAUCAGACUUGUAAAUUAUAAUUUAAACCAGGGGUCUCCAAUUUAACUUGGGGCCCCUGGGGGUGGUGUCUACC